GAUACAAAUGCAUAAUACAGACUUUAGAUAGAGUAAUUAACGCAGACAAUGACAAAAAUUACGAUGUUUCAUUAUUCAUAUAACGGGCUAAAUUAAUGGCGAAAGUCUUCAAAAUCGAUGAAAAUUUAACCUCCACUUUGUGAAUGAUAUAAUGGCUUUAUCAAUAUGUCAUCUGACGGUAGCAAAGUAAGUACUGGCAUAAAUAUUGUAACAAUAAUGUCACAAAAUUGUAGGUGGAAUUAGAUGAAAACAAAUGUUUCUGAAAACAUUGAUUAAUUUUCUAUCUGUUUGAGUUGUGAGGAGAUUUGUUGACUUUGAUUCAGAUAAAAUCAUCAAUGUCUCUUGAAUAUUCAUGAAAACAAUUCUUCAAAUAAACAACUCCAUUAUCCACGUUGAUGCCGGUGAGUGCGGCCCAAAGUGUACCGCUAAUUCCUUGGCAUUUCCUUCUCCGCCCAGUCAUCACAGAUCUUGUCACGAGUGGGAGAUAAGUGAACACAACUCAGAUUUCGGAUAUUUUUAAAUUCCAGUUUUUUAAGAAUUGAUCUGGUAUACUUCACGGUAGAGUUUGAAAGUGCCUGAUCAAUGGAAUCGAUGAUUGAAGCGGCCCGUCGGGAGUCUAUAUGAUAAGCAGGUGACUGACAGUCAUUUUUGAGUACUGAUGCUGCGGGGAGGAAGAACUUUAGAUUUUAGAGUAUGGAAGUGGAUGUCAUUUGAAGCACGGGUAUUGAUGUAGGACCACAUUACAAGCUCCCUUUCCCUGUAAAAUGGGAAAAUUAGACAAAUUUGAUAUAGUAUUUAAAAACUCCGACGGCGUGUGUGUUUCCGGGAAUCCACUCUAUGGAACCGUUGUUCUAGAACUCUCUGGAAAAUUAAAACUUCACGAUAUUUUACUUCGCUUCCAUGGUUACGCCAGUGUUUGCUGGAUUGAGCGACAUUCCAGCGGCCAUGGGAAAAACAAAAAGGCGGUCGCCAAGCACUUCUCCAGCGAAGAGAUUUACUUUGACCACACUGUUAAUAUUUAUGGUCAUGUAGGUAAAGAAGUGCAAACGCUGCCUUCCGGUUCCCACUCCAUCCCGUUCGAGUUUCAUCUUCCUGCUGACUGCCCCACGUCUUACGAGGGCUCCAUUGGUCGCGUGCGUUAUUAUGUGUCCGCCCGGAUCCGGAAGUUGUAUGAAAUUGAACACACGACGAUGAAACUCUUCACUGUUAUCAACCAUCUUGACGUUAACAACGAUUUACGGUUACAGCAAUCAGCGGAUGCGAAUAAUGAGAUAAUGCUUUGUUGCCUGUGUUGUAAGUCCGGACCAAUCAGUGCCACGUUAUUUUUAGAAACAAUCGGUUUCGUACCCGGUGAGGGAAUACCUAUCCACGUGGAGAUUGAGAACAGGAGCGGAAGGAAGAUUUCUGCGGCCAGUGUUACGCUGCUAAUGGUGGUCCGGUACAACACAAGCAAGAAAUCGAAGACCCACACAAAUAAAGUGGCGUCUGCGUGUAAAACUGAAUGGAAUGCUGGGAAAUCAGGAGUGUGGACAGGAGAACGACUAAUCAUUCCCUCUGUCCCGCCAUCAUAUCUCUUCGGAUGUGACAUCAUUGACAUCUCAUACGUGCUCGAGCUAAAGGUUCAUCCCUCUGGACCUUCCUUUACAUUACCAGUGAAAAUGGAGGUGGUGAUCGGAACAAAGCCCCUGAAGAACUCUGUCAGUAACUUCUCGUACAGCGGAUCAGGAGUUUCACUGAACUCUACGAUAAUCCACAGCAACGAAACCCAUUCACAACUUUGUGCGAGGUACACAGAGAGCGUGCUGGGGAAGGUGACGGUCGAGGAUGACAAGGAGUGUGAUAAGAUUCCCUAUGACAUCACUUUCGCUCCGGUCUAUCCCUACCACUCACUCUCCAAUAAAACCGACACCUUUCAGGUAAACUCGCCCAAAACUAGAGUGAAGGAAGUCCAAAGACAACAGACGCUUCCCAGCUGAAUGCUGUUUUAGAAACUGUGCACAACUUUGCCGGUUCUAUGUUAUAGGCUCACCUUAAAUGGAGAGCAAUGCCACGCCACAUGCUGAUGGAUCUUUUCUUCUCAAUCCGGGACCUUAAGGGAAAGGAACAUUCUGCUGAAUUUCGAAUGUGAAUAAGUUGUGUUUCUUAAGUACUAGUAUAUGACUUGCAGUACUUAUUGAAAUUGGAAGUGUACAGCCAAUAAUUUCUUGUGAAGAUUUGUUCAAAUGUAUUUUUACGCCGAGAAAUGUACACCCGAUUAAAACUUUAUUUUACUAUUCAAUAUACAAUUGUACCGUACUUUACAGUCGGGAUGUGACGUAGAACAGGCUAUAGGUCUGUACGGGAUGUGACGUAGAACAGGCUAUAGGUCUGUACGGGAUGUGACGUAGAACAGGCUAUAGGUCUGUACGGGAUGUGACGUAGAACAGGCUAUAGGUCUGUACGGGUCCCCUCCAUGUUUCAUUGAUACCGAGUCAUUAAUUGAUAUAUAUUUUUUACUGGUUGUUUCAUAACAUGUGAAAUCAUUUCAAUGUUUUUAUGUUCGACUUGCUUUAAAAAAUAAAGAAUGAGACACUAAA